UAGAUUCUCUUAAUUUCUGUGUUUAUUUGGACAUAUAGGGAAUAAAAUAGGAGAAGAAGCAAGAAGAUAAGUAGUAGGCGCUGUUAUUAUAUAUUGGGUCGUCCUACAUACAAACAUAUAUGGAUCGACCACUAUUCGACUCGCUAGCAUGACUCACCGAUUCUUCCUCUCUCUCCUGUUUCUGCUUUGUUCAGCUCCGCCGCCGCGGUGUCGCGCCGCCUCCGCCGCAGCGCAGGAGCUCCUGCUCGGUUUCAAAGCCGCUCCGGAUCCUUCUGUUUUGUCUUUCCAGUCGUUCCUCGGCGAUUCCAACUCCAACUACUCACUGGGUUUCCUCCGAGUCAGCGGAACUCACCUCGCCCUCUCCGUCGUGCACGUCCCGUCCUCGGAAUCUGUCUGGACGGCGGAACUGACCCGGCCGGCGAAAUGGUCCGACGAGACCGAGCUCUUCUUCAACGGCAGCCUGGUGCUUUCGGAUCGAAGUUCAGGGGUAGUUUGGUCAACUUGCACUGACGGACACCGCGUUUGGCUCUCCAACACCUCAAAUCUCCAAAUUCAACGGCUUGUCGGCGGUGGUCUAGCCGUUGACACGGUUUUGUGGCAGAGUUUUGACUUUCCCGCAAAUACCCUCGUCGAGAAUCAGAAUUUCACCAGUGCCAUGGCACUCAUCUCGUCCAACGGGCUUUAUUCCAUGCAAUUGGGCUUCGAUUUUAUUGGGCUCUACAAGGUGCUCCAUAACAGGCCGGGUUCGGGUCUAUUAUACUGGACGCAUAGAGCGCUACAAGCCAAGGCGAAGAUACUAGAAGGCCAUGGACCCAUUUACGCGACGCUGACGUCAAAUGGGUAUUUGGGUAUGUACCAAAACAGGUCGGUUCCAGUUGACGUGGACCCAUUCAGCAGUUACCAAAUACCCGUACCCGGUGCCCGCCGCCUCCGGAUAGAGGACGACGGGAACCUAAACGGGUACUUCUGGACCGGGUCAAGUUGGGUCCCGGAUUACAUAGCAAUACCCGACCCGUGCGAGCUGCCAAACGCCUGCGGGUCGUUCGGGUUAUGCCACCCGGGGGGCAAAGGCUGCUCCUGCCUGGACAACUCGACGACACACGCGCCCUCCGGCACCUGCAUUUCGCCGGAGAAUCAAUAUUCCGGCGAACGCUGUCGGGAAUUCAAGAAAAAUCACAGGGUGGUCCGGCGGAACGGGGUGGAUCUGCCGUUCAAGGAGCUGCGAAACGGGUACCGGAAAACGGAGUCUUGGGAUGAAUGCGAGAGCGCGUGUGAAGCGAACUGCGCGUGCAGGGGUGCGGUGUACAGUAACGCAUCUGGACUCUGCUACACGCUAGAUUACCCCGUCAUGACGCUCGUGAGCGUUGCGGAUGAGACGAAGAUGGGCUACUUUAAAGUGAGUGAGGGGGAAUUGGGCCGGAAGAGGAAAGUGAUGGCUGAAGAAUGGGCCGGGUUUGGGAUGGUGUGUGGGGCCAUUUUUGUAAUUUGUGGGGUAGGUGGGUGGUGGUGUAGGUCAGGUAUGGGAAAGAGUGGGUAUAGAGAUGAUGAAGAAGAAGAAGAUAGUGUGAUUGGGGGUGUUGGGCCUUACAAACAUUUGGGUGCAGAAAGCUUUAGGUCCAUUGAGCUAAGUCAAACAUAGAGGAGGGAAAACGAUAAGCCAAAUUGGAAAUAUUUGAAAGAUUAAAAUUCAAUGUUUCAACGGAGCUUGGAAUUCACUAAUUAGUAAUUUGAAGAGGUAGAAAUGCUCUAAUUUAUACAUUUGAUUAAUGAUAAAUCCACUCAAAAACACAUGUUGGAUUGAGUAUAAUAUAUUGAAUCAAGAAUAUAAUACGUCUUCGUGU